AUGGCAUCUCUUGCAACACAAUGCUAUGCAGCUGGUCAAUAUAACUAUUAAGGCUGGAAAGACAUGUUCUACUGCAUUUCACCACACUCUUGGGCCUAUAUGGGAGUUGCACUCUCCAUUGGUCUCUCUAUUAUUGGAGCUGCUUGGGGAAUAUUCAUUACAGGAAGCAGUUUAUUAGGAUCUUCCAUCAAGAUGCCUAGAAUAAAAUCAAAGAACUUGAUCAGUGUUAUUUUCUGUGAAGCCGUCGCUAUCUAUGGAGUUAUUAUCGCUAUUAUUUUAUUGACAAAGUGCGAGAACCUUCCAAAAGAUCUUACCCCACUCAAUCAUGAUACUGUAAAUACUUUCAUUAUUAAACUCAUUAUUGAUGAUUAGGCUCUCUGGUCAGCUUUCGCAAUCUUUGGAGCAGGUAUUUCAGUCGGUCUUUCAAACUUGUUCUGUGGCGUGUGUGUUGGGGUUACAGGAGCUGGUUGUGCUCUUUCUGAUGCACAAACUCCAUCAACAUUCGUCAAGAUCCUUAUCAUCGAAAUUUUCGGAAGCGCCCUAGGACUUUUCGGAGUUAUUAUUGGUAUCAUCCAAGCUGGUAAGGCUUGA